UUAUCUACAAGGCUACUGAAAGUAACAGCAUCUAUUGGAUCGUCUCCAUGUCAUCGAGAGUUACGUUCUCUCCAAAUACUAUGAACUGCAGCCUGAAGAGAGUAACGAAGAAGGAAUGGUUCCGUAGGAGGAAAGCUCGAACCAGAAACCAUGGCCACAAUAACACUCCAAUCUGUGGUGAAACCGUCCUUAAGAUCCAUAUUACCAAUGAUUCCCACACUUUAGAGGAGUAAGGACAUCAGAAACAGAGAUGUUGGCAAGUCUCUUGAACUCCAUGGCAUAAAACACAUGUUAGAUUCGGAUUUAUUAUGGGCUUCCAACUUAAAACCAAUUGGCAAUUAGUGGAUUGGCUCUAAUCCUUUAUAUAUUACUUAAUGUCCUUUAGAAUUCCCGAUGUAGGAUAUAUAUCCCUAAUACCCCUCCUCGAGAUGAUGGCUCUUAUCGGCCAGAAAUCUCGAAACUUUAGGACAUUUAUACUCGGUCGAGCGAGUUUAACACAACCUUUAUACCCGGUUGGAAGGGUUAAUCGCGACCUUUAUACCCGGUCAGAAGGAUUAAUUUUUAAUUUUAGUUAGGAGUUUAGGGUAUUUAGGAUCUGGGCUCUGAUACCAUGUUAAGUUCGGGUUUAAUUAUGGGUUUUCAACUUAAAACCAAUUGGUGAUUAGUGGAUUGACCCUAAUACACUCUGCAUUUAUAAAGAAAUUCCAAGUUUGCAUCUUGUCCCUUGUUUGCAAUCUGUUUCUUAUUGCAAUCCAGAGCAUAAAAGAGUACUUUGGAGUGGAUUGAGAAAACCAUAUCCCUUUACUCCAAGUACAACUUUGAUGUCUAGCCCUCAACUGCAUCCAAGUCUUCUUAGUGGAAAAUUUAUUUACAAACUUUCCUUCUCCACUUUUCCAAAGAGGAAUAUCAUCCACCUCACGUAACCCUCCAACACAGAACUUGUCAAUCUCAUCGUCAAUAUCAUUAAGCGUGCUCACUCUAUGUCUCCUCCUUUGAUGAUUUGUUAUAACAUAUGCCAUCAUAGCAUUGUCUGCAAUGCCUAAUGCUAUAUAUGAUACCUCUAUCACCUAUCACUCCUUUAGACAACCCAGCUGAGACCACACUUCAUACCAGAAGGAUGUGUGAUUCCAUUUCUGACCUCGAUUUGAAUAAACUGCCUGGCAAUAUCUCUCAUCUUCAAUAUCUUCUUCCACAUCCAAGAUCUCAAAUUUGUGUUUAUUGAGAUCGACCAGAAAGUUCCCUUUCUUAUCAAAUAGAAAUGUAUCCAUUUGACUCAUAGGAUUUCGCUGACGUUAUUCUUCGUAUGAGCUUCUGACAGUGAGCUUUAUUUAUUUUUUUAAAGGCCUGAUUUCCAACCCACUUUUAUUCUUAGGCAAACAAAUAUCCUGCCAGCUGGCUUUUGCUUUUGUUGAUUUCAAGUUCGGUCCAGACCAGAGGAAGGCUGCACAUAAACGCUCAAUCUCUUUCAGACAACUACUUGUGUAAUCUGAAAAUCGCUAGUCAAAAAUUUGCUAGACUCAUAAUGACCGAGUUAAUUAACUGAAGCCGACCAGCAUGUGAGAGGAAACGGCCAGUCCAUGAACUCAUUCUUUUCCUGAUCUUUUUCACUAAGGGCGUGGGAUUCCUUUGGAACGCAACUCGAGUAAAGCCGUUGUUGAAAUAUAUCGACCCAUUUAUAAGGUUAUUGUGCCUUUCUUGCGUUGUGUUGAUAGCAUGAUUGUGCGGAUACACCUCUGUAGGGUACUCCUUGCACUACAUUGGCCGCUUAUCAAGAAAUCGUUCAGUCUUAGAGUAUCAAGAAGUUUUCAAAGAUAGUCUCUCACCACAAAUAUUAAUGUUAUAAUAUAAUAUAAAUUUGAUAAACCCAUAUGAAAGUUUCUCAAGACUUUUUAAGAGAUUUUUUCCACUUAUGAGUUAAUAUUAGCAACAUGGCCAUAUUUUAGCAAGUGAUCAGGAAUUAAAAAGGUUAAUUAGUUCAAGAUGGAUUAAUCAUAUCCUAUAUUUCGAAAUCAAAGGGUUCCUUGAUGGCAAAAUGCGUGCUGUCACUAAACUCUAGAAUAUAAAAUGCAUGCCGUUUUCUGAGAGAACGCAGAAGAGAGAAACAACACACCAGUUGUCUCGCCUUAGCUUAAGCUCCAUGCCUUGAUUCAUCUUCUAUCUUCCUCCAUCGUUACGUCACUGCUUCACCAACAACAACAACAACAACACACACACACUCUAUUUGGACCCACCAAAUCAGACGAACAAGCCCUACCAGCAAAAUCAAGCAUUAAAUUCACUCACGCUUUCCCCGUGAAUACUAUUUUCUAUCUUUUUUGAAAUCCCGACAAGAUCUCUCUGAUUGUUUCGUUUCAAAAUUCCUCGGAAAAACCGAGUAUAUGAGUUGAUCAAAGAGUGUGGUUAAGCAAUGUCCUCUAAUGAUAGAGAGGAUUCAUACAACGGGCAGCUGUUGAGAGACAUCAAGGAAGUAAGCAAAGCUCUUUACUUGCACAACGCACCUCAAAGACCACUCCUUUCGUUGCCUCCUCCUGUCCGAUCUAGAUCUGUCUCCAAAGGAACCACAGAGAGUGGGGUUUUAUUGCUAAGCAAGAAGAAGAAAUCAUCAGUAUCAUGGGAUUGGAAGAAGCCUUUGAAAGCUAUAGCUCAUUUAGGGCAGCGUAGGUUUGAUGUUUGUUUUCAUCUCCAUGUUCAUUCCAUCGAAGGCCUGCCUUCGAAUCUGGAUGGAACUAAACUAGUUGUGCGGUGGAAGAGGAAAGAGGAAGUGAUGUCUACUCAACCUUAUAAUGUCUUGCAAGGAACAGCUACGUUUGAAGAGACUUUGAUGCAUAGAUGUUCAGUCUACGGUAGCAAACAUGGGCCGCACCGUUCUGCGAAAUAUGAUCAGAAGCUUUUCUUGGUCUGUGUCUCUCCUGUUGAUGCUCCCUGGCUUGUUCUAGGGAAGCAUUGGGUUGAUCUCGCCAGGAUCUUGCCUUUGUCUCUGGAGGAGAUGGAAGGUGCGAGAAGCUCGAGGAAGUGGAACACGAGCUUUAAGCUGUCCGGUGUGGCGGAUUCUGCUGCGUUGAAUCUUAGUUUUGAUUACUCGGUUGUCACCAGCUCUGUCUGUGAUUCAGCUAGUGGUGGGAAUUUGAUGCUGAAGAGGGUUGGUAGUGUUCCGAGUAUGGAGCGUAGAUCUUCACCGGUCGAUGAUGGGAAGGUCUCUCAUCAGCUCUCGCCGAAUCUGAGUCUGGAUCUUUCAAGGUCUGUUGAUCUUCUCUAUGAAAAACUUGACGAACAAAACCAAGAAACAUCAACAGGAGCUAAGGUUGAGCAAGGUGUGGAGACUGAUAAGCAAGAAGAUGACUAUAAGAACACUGGAAAAGAAGUAGAAGAAAGAACUGAUUCAAAGGAGAUUGAAAUUAUUGAUGUCUAUGAGUUACUUAAAGAUGAAGAUGAAGGUGCAGAGGAAACCUGUUUUGUUGAUCAGUUAUCAGUGGCGGAGCUAAAAGGUUCUGACUCAAUUGAGAGUAAGUCUUCAUCAGCCGUCGAUGAUUGUACUGAGGAGGAAAACUUCGUGGAAGUUAAAUCUGCAAACGUAUUAACGAAGUCACGAAGCUUGGAUGACAUUACUGAAUCUGUAGCUAAUGAUUUUCUAAACAUGCUUGAACUUGAGGAAUCUUCUUAUGUUUAUACCUCAGAUGGUGAGCCUACAUCUCCUCGUGAGUCUCUGCUCCGUGAGUUUGAGAAGGAGGCUCUCGCUUCUGGGAACGGUCUCUUAGAAUAUGUGUCUGAUAUUGAUGAGGAACCGAAUGAUUUCUCGUUCUCCUCAAGUUCUGUGGGUGAGGGAAAGUCUCAGCUGUUAAUGAGCAGAAGGAAUGUGAAGCUACUUGAAGACUUGGAAACUGAAACUUUAUUGCGAGAGUGGGAUUUAGAUGACAACGGUUUUGACGACUCUCUCUGUAUUUGCUCUGAUGGGUUUGGAAGUCCAAUAGAGCUUCCAGUUGACGAGCGGCCACUUGGAUAUAAUAUUGGUCCUUUGUUUUGGACAAAAGGAGGAGGGUGUGUUCGGUCCAUGAGUCCGUUACUGUUCAGAAACUGUAAGGAUGCAUCACGUCUGAUCAUGCAAGUUUCAGUUCCUGUGGUGCUGGUACCAGAGUUAGGCUCUGGUGUUCUUGAAAUACUCCAAAGUUUGGCAGCUUCUGGAAUCGAAGGGCUUUGCUCUGAAAUUAAUGCAUUGAUGCCUUUGGAAGAUAUCAUGGGGAAGACAAUAAAUGAAGUUAUCGAGGACACAUCAUUUGAGAGAAACGCACAUGAUUCUUCAAAAGAAAAUCUUGGGGGCUUUGGAUCGAAUAUGUGUUCAGGUUAUGUACCUCUUGACGCUCUUGCUUCCUUGGCUAUUGAUGGCAUAGAAAGUCUCUCGGUAGAAGGAUUAAAGAUUCAAUGCAGCAUGUCAGACCAAGAUCCACCAUCAGCCACUGCACCAAAACCCAUGGAUCAGUCUGAGGCUUUAGAGUUGAUUAGUUUUUCGUUAACGUUGGAUGAGUGGUUAAGGCUUGACCACAGAACGUCAGACACUGAAGAUACCUCUAGGAACAAGUUGACACUUGCUCUUCGAGUGUUGCUUAGAGACCCAUCUCGAUAUAAUGAACCUGUUGGCGCAUCUAUGCUUGCUCUGAUCCAAGUUGAAAGGUCUUUGGCGUCCUCAAAUCCACCUGUGUGUAAUUUAGCUCAAGAAGAAUCCUUUGGAAACGGUACACAUCUGUGGAGAAUCACUGACAUUGGUCUUGCGGGUUUGAAAACUGAGCCUGGUGUAGACCUUCCGUGGUGUACGAAGACCCAACAAGAGUCUGGAUCCCGCUGGUUACUUGCUAGUGGUACUGGUAAAACCAUUAACUGUCAAGCUUCCAAGUCAAAGGCGAUCAUUGUAUCAAACCCACAAGCAACCAGAAAGAACUUGGAUACAUUGUGGAGUAUAACAAUCGAUAGUAGGCACAAUCAAGAAGGUGAUUUGAGCAGCUCUGCUUCCUUUGUUCCACUAACAAGAAAUUCAGAUGUGAUAUUUUCUGAUGAAAUAACAAAAGGAUUGUGAUAGUAGCAUUUCCAAUGGCAUAUUAUCUUAUACGUUGUUUCCACUCUCUGCUUAAGAGCAAGUCAUUUUGAUGUAAAAGCAGGCAGUCCCUUUUUUCUACUUGAAAGAAGUAGUAGAUUCAUAUGU